AUGCGAUACACUGGCCGUCGCAGUCGAUGCGUCUUGCGAGGAGACGCUUCUGUGGAUGCUGCUGCCGCAGACGCAUCCAACGUAGCUGCUGACACGGCUUCGCAUGGGUGCUCAAGCGUAUCCUUAUGGCUUUCACCGGAUUCUGCUGCUGUUGCUGCUGUUGCUGCUGUUGCUGCUGCUGCUGUUGCUGCUGCUGUGGAUCAUCAAAGAGACACGACACAUCCCAGUCUUGCAAGAAGACGUGACGACACUUCUUCAGCUGCUCCAAACCUCGGUGCAGCAGCAACAGAAGCGCCUGCUGGAUUUCCAACUGCAGCGAGGAGGGAGGCAGAGACAGCUCGCACGUUUGCGGCUGAGAAGGCCCCUGAACAACAGGCAGGCAUUACGCACUCACAACCGGAGAUGCACAGUCACCCAGUCAGAUUACUGCCACGACCACCACAAACACACCCACCCACUACCACCCCUCUACCGCCACAACAACUCGCCUACGACUGCACUUGUGGUGCUCCCACCAAUACCACAUCGUCACCACCCCUACAAGGACCCCUCCUUCAGCUGCAGAAGCUUCAGCGUCUGCGUGAGAUUGCUGCUGCCGCCGCUGCUGCUGCUCGCAAAGUGGUGGGGACGGUCGCUGAUAGCCUUGAGGCCGCCCAGCCGGUUGCGCUGUCUGUACACCCGAGAGACGAAGGCCUCGUUGAACCCCCCGCUGAUGCUGCAACAAACACUACUGCUGCUACUGCUGCUGCUGCUAAUACUGCUGCUGCUAAUACUGCUGCUGCUAAUACUGCUGCUGCCACUGCUGUAGGAGCUUCCGUCUUGUGGCUAAGAGCUGCCAAGGCAUACCCCUUCCUUAUGGACUUCUUCGGCGCGGCAACGGAGGCGAUCAUGCCAACACUGGGGAUAUUUUGUGUAUGUCGAACGCGAGUUGCUGCCCGUCGAACUGCUGCCAGAGCCGCUGCGAGGGGUGGUGGCUAUGGGGUGGGGCUGUUACCAUCCGUAGAGAGGGCUUACUCCGAAUGGGUGUGGGAGUCAGACAGCACGUCGUGA